AUGACGUCGUCAAACAACGAGCUAUGCAGCACUUGUGCCGCUGUUGACUUUCAAAAGCUGAUCUACGCACCUGCGGCGACACCUGGUCCCGAUGAUCCAUCACGCAGCACACCCCUAGGGACUCUCAAAGGCAUCAUAUCUCGAUCAGAAAAAUGCCCAGUAUGCAGCCUCAUAGUCGACUCACUGAGAGAGCGGCACAAGAGAACACCCCGGAAGCACUUUGCGGAUGUCUUUUAUAGACGCAAGCCCCUCCCUGAGAACCGUGAGGAAGAGGCAGACCCGGAGGUUGAAGAAUAUGGCAUGCGUGUCACCUGGGUUGGUAAGGAAAUCAAGUGCUCUAUUGAGUCUCAGUUUUUCUGCGAAGUUCAAGAUGAUGUAGCGAACGUCAGACUCGCUGAAAGGAAAGAUCCCUUGUAUGUUCAUCGGUUGCUGCUCAGGUUGGAGCCGAAUCCUUAUGCUGUUCUUUCCUUCAUGGCGACCGACUGGGUUCGACUACACGCUAUUUGGUCAAAGGGAGACUCCAGUAACGGUCCUGGAGAGUUCGAUUUGAAUGGCCGAUUCAUCUCGCCCCAGGGGUCUGGUCGGCAGGUUGGCGAGCACUUGGACAUUUCUCUCGUCAAGGGCUGGCUCGACAAGUGCGAGAGAGAGCAUGGAGAUAAGUGUUGCAACCCGGCCUGGCUUGCUGGAAGCGAUGACACUUGGCUUGAGCCAUUCAGAGCUAUCGAUGUUAAGGAACGUCGGGUUGUGAACCUGCCUGCUCAAAGCCGGUACAUUGCUCUCAGUUACGUUUGGGGAGCGGGCAGCCAGGCGCAUGAACAACAGAUCCAAAGAAGGUUGACGAACGGGAACUUUUCUCGGCUUACUCAGGUCGACGGCCUCGAUGGUGUGUCUCUUCCUAAAACAGUGGAGGACGCCAUAGAGCUCACCUCUAAGAUGGGAGAGCGAUAUCUCUGGGUUGACGCUCUGUGCAUCAUCCAGGAUGAUAUUCAGGAUCUGAGUCAUCAGACGUCGCGGAUGGACCUAGUCUACUCGCGUGCCCUCUUUACAAUCAUUGCUGCUUGUGGAGAAGAUUCAGAAUCCGGACUGUCCGGACUCCCAGGGCGAGAACGCGACAUCUUCAAACGCUCAGUCCGUUUAUCGCCAGAAGGAUUCCAUCUUGCACCCACCGCUGGCUUGUUCGUCAAUGCCCCUCUCGAGAGAUCUACUUGGAACACUCGCGGGUGGACGUUUCAAGAGCGCAUCUUAUCUAGACGCGUCAUGGUGUUUACCCAGUCUCAGGUCUUUUGGGUCUGCGAAGAUGCCAUGUGGGAUGAGGAGGUGAUACUUGAACUUCCAAAGCCUCGAGUACGAGUUCUGUCCUUGGCUUUUGGAUGCAACGACGAGUGGGAUGAUGGAGAUCCCAAGUUCUCCAAAGAGGCCCUGGCGACGUAUAUUUUGCAGUUUAGUAUCCGCGAGUUCACUUUCUCUGCCGACGUAUUGCCUGCUUUUUUGGGCGUCGUACGUCGCUAUGAGCACUUGAAUAACGAAACGAUACACUGGGGUCUCCCAACGGAGCUGUUUGAUCAAGCCCUUACAUGGCAGGGUGGAAACUCGCGUCGAGAGGAGAAGCAUCGAGUCGUUUGUGGUGAUGGAAAGGUUCGAGAGGUGCCGUACCCCAGCUGGUCAUGGCUUAGCUGGACGGGGCUCAUCGGCUCAAUUCUGCACAAUCGUGAGCUAUGGGGAAAGACGAACAAGGGAGAGACGGGUGCGGAGCUGGUCUUUUAUAUGCUGCUAAGCGAUGGCGAAGUUCGGCUCGUUGAGGGUUUGGGGCAGGCUGGCGAUUCUGGUUUGAAGUGGAAGGGGGAGAGUGUGGUCAAGGGGCCGAUUGCUACUGACGACUUGAUGGUCUCAAGGAUGGAGAGCCUUGGCAUCUCUGAGGCAGAAAGACAGACUACGCUUGCGUAUGACACUGGCCGUCUUAUUUUCUGGACAAGCCAUGCCGUGGUGAAAGCCAAAGUUGGGGAAGAUAAGCUCCUGUUACACGUCCAGGACCAGGUACUCGAGCUGGAUGCGUCCUUCAGCCAAAGCUUUAAAGAUGCUUCCCGUUACGAGGAUGAUGGAUCGAGUUUGAAACCAGCUGAGGAGACACAGACUGUGGAUUUGAUCUUUAUAUCUCGACAAUAUGAGAUUGCUAGCGCUAAGGAGACAGGGAAGCUGAAUGUCUUGGUUGUCGAGCAAAGCGUACCUGGUUCGGGCAUCUGGAGUCGGCUUGGGGUGGUCGUCAUUGAGGAGAUGGAUUGGGUUCGCUUAGAGCCGAAGUGGGAGAUGGUGAUUCUGGGAUAG